CGGCAGCCAUGAACGGUGAGGAGCAGUACUACGCGGCCACUCAGCUUUACAAGGACCCGUGCGCGUUCCAGCGGGGUCCCGCGCCGGAAUUUAGCGCCAGCCCCCCCGCGUGCCUGUACAUGGGCCGCCAGCCCCCGCCGCCGCCGCCGCCUCCGUUUCCCGGCGCCCUGGGCGCGCUGGAGCAGGGCAGCCCGCCGGACAUAUCCCCGUACGAGGUGCCCCCCCUCGCCGACGACCCCGCGGUGGUGCACCUCCACCACCACCUCCCGGCUCAGCUCGCGCUCCCCCACCCGCCCGCCGGGCCCUUCCCGGAUGGAACCGAGCCAGGCGCCCUGGAGGAGCCCAACCGCAUUCAACUGCCUUUCCCGUGGAUGAAGUCUACCAAGGCUCACGCGUGGAAAGGCCAGUGGGCAGGCAGCGCCUAUGCAGCAGAGCCGGAGGAGAACAAGCGGACGCGCACCGCCUACACACGCGCGCAGCUGCUGGAGCUGGAGAAGGAAUUCCUAUUUAACAAAUACAUCUCACGGCCGCGCCGGGUGGAGCUGGCUGUCAUGCUGAACCUGACUGAGAGACACAUCAAGAUCUGGUUCCAAAACCGCCGCAUGAAGUGGAAAAAGGAGGAGGACAAGAAGCGCAGCUGCGGGACAGCGGCCGGGGCUGGCGGGGACGUGGAGCCUGAGCAGGACUGCGCAGUGACCUCGGGCGAGGAGCUGCUGGCGCUGCCACCACCGCCGCCUCCCGGGGGUGCUGUGUCGCCUGCUGUCCCCGUUGCUGCCCGAGAGGGCCGUCUGCCUCCGGGCCUUAGUGCGUCACCACAGCCUUCCAGUGUCGCACCCCUGCGGCCGCAGGAACCCCGGUGAGAGAUGGGAACUCCUCCCUGCAGGUGGCUUUGACCACUCACAGAGGACGGGGAGCGGGCCUCGGACCCCGGG